AUGGCGGAGCCACUCCUUAUCGCAUUAGCAGUGUCAAAUGCUGCCUUCGCGUUGCUCGUUGGUCUUGCCUAUGGGAGGACAAUUCAGCGCUGGGCCUCCGUCUGCUAUGAGGCAAUCUCCACCCUCGUAUCCAGCCAGCUCAUUCUCGGCCUCUACGCACUCGUUCUAAUCUAUAUCUUGCUCAGUCUCCGAAGCCUGAAGGACGACGUUGCGCAGGUCGCGCAGGCUACCACAAGGCCAACCCGCCGUAAGCAUACCAGACCGCAACCGGUCUACGAUGCGAACGACCGCCUCAUAGGCUACUUUCGGGGAGACCGAAAAUCCGACAUCACAUUCAGGAAUAUCGGACGUGCAACAACCGACUCUGUCUUGGAUGGAGCCGCCUCGGCACCAACAUCACCCGAAUCUCGCCCAGCCCCAGCCGCAGUCUCCCCACCCUCACCUAUCAUAUUCCAGCCACCGCAAGUCCAUGUCUAUCGCUCUCUCCAGGCUUCCGAGUGGAACGGCUGGCCCGACGGACAUCUCCGAUGCCAAAUUCAACGUCAAGAGCUCAAGGAGACAGGGAAUCUUGCGCUGUUCUGGGUGAGCGAAGCGAUAGCGGGCCGCCGACCUGGCUCUCCGGACGCGCUAAAGCCGGAGGGAGGGAAACAAUUCCGUGUCAACUGCCUUGGCGCGUUUCGCUGCUCGGCGCGUUUCGCUGCUCGUCGCCUCGCUGCCCUCAUGCCCUCACCGUCGCCCCCGUUCCUCCCCGCCGUCACGGCUCUCGACAUUCCACAUUGCGAUGUCUCUGUGGACAUCCCCUUGCCCAACGCUCAUGUGGUAUCGAGAUGGGCGCUUCCGUCUUCCGAUACGGCGUUGUCUUCACACAUCACGGCACUCACAGUCACGACCGUUACAGCCACACUGGCAGGUUGCAAUACUUUCUCGGUUGACACUGAUUCAAGUCCAGCGAGUGCGGACGUGUCUUCUUCUCCAGUGGUGGAUGUCAAUGCAAAGGCUAUCUCGACCUUCGAGCCCGAGUUUCUCAAGUGUUGGGUACCCGUUGUGAUGUCUUAUUCGAAUGGGGCAACGGCUGAGCACUACGCGAUUCAUUUUCGCCACUUGAUUGAAGGUAUUGCCAAGGAAUAUAAAAUUCGGUGCCCCGGCACACCAUUUACAGACACUCUUUUGGCCAAUGUGGUCGAUUUCAGUGACACGCAACGAAAUGGGUUCAUUCGCGCGUAUGUGGAAUGGAAAAUGGAUGAUCCGAAGAACACCGAAACGCCCGAAGCCCUUCAAAUGGCUGCCGAAGCGCUGCUCAAAGGCUGCGAGCGUCAUUUCAAGGAACAAAUCUCACGAGUCAGCAAGAUAACUCGGAUUGUGCCGCCAAAUCAACGCCUUAUCUUCGAAAAUCGUGUUCAGGAGCUGCUGUACUGCAAGACUUCGGACGUGUUUCGUGCUGUCGCCGCUCGGCUAAUCCAAGACUUCCCCCUGAUCGAACCCUGGCUAUCGUGGUGGCUACGUCCGCAACAUGCUUCCAUGAUUUUUCGGGCUGAGAUGGCCAUGGACACGGACUUGUUUUACUCAUUACCCGCCAUGACCAACGCGGAAGAGGCGAUGCAUCAUCGUCUCUACUCGAUGGUCAAGCGUCUGAACAGUCUAUUCGAGGGCUUGGAAGGCCUCGUGAGCGCCGGCAAUACUUUUGCAGACCAAUAUAUGCAUGCUAAGCACGGACAACAUAUCUUUUAUGGAGAAGACCCUCAGCGGUGGAAGAAGACGGCGGCUAUAUAUGGUCGAACACAUCUAUCUCGCGGCAAGAAUCGAGCUCCAACUGCGGCUCAGAAGGCUGAUUCGCGUCCUCCCGACACUGCGGCAGAGCUUAUUCCUGCCGAGACACGUCCUAAAUUGCCGCAGAAGUCGACUCUACCCCAGCUCUUUCAAAUCUCUUAUCGCUGGUAUCUCAACUCCUGUUGGCUUGACUCCUCGUUGACGGCACUGUACGCGGUGGCGCUUCGGAACAUCGAUCUCUUCGCUGGACUUUCGGAACUUUCACUCAACCAACCCCUCGCCCAAUUGCACGCCUUAAUUCCACAGCAUGUUGCCGAGUCCAGCUUGGACCUGACAACAUCAGAUAAUCUGUGGAAGCUUCGUAAUAGCUUUCGGCAGCACUUGGUCGACUCUCCGAUCAUCAAAGGAAUCACAUCAAUGUCCGCGCCGUCGACACCAUUUGGCUGGUUGUUUGAAGCAUCACUCCUCAGUAGCAUACUGAGCCUCGAUAACUCCGGCGUCGCGGCGUCCGCCCGUGCCGUGAGCAUGUUUCGCACCUAUGCCGUUGACAUUCGGCAAUGCCUCGGAGAUCCGACAUGCUCUGAUCACGCAUCAACUCACUGGCAGAUCGGCACACCACACUGGGCUAACGAAAUUCAAUUGACCGGCACUCACUUCCAACUCCACGGAGGGAAAAUAAAAAAGUGGUUCAAUGGUGGCUUUCUCAACCCGACCUCCUGGCAAAACCUUCAUUGCUGGAGACAUGCCAACGGCGAGUACCUCUGUGAUGGUGCUACGCUAUUCCAUCGCUACAUCAUCAGCCUCCCAACAAUCCUUGUUCUUGUCAUUGAUGAAGGCGAGCAAUAUGACUGGGAUGUGGCAGGCCAGCUCUUACCUCUCGGCAACACAUUUGCAGCCGCAGGGGUUCAAUACGAUCUCGUGGCUCAUGUUUAUGCCAGUCAUCAAGACGAGCACUUCAAAGCACGCUACGCGCUGCCAGAUGGCAAGAUCUUCGAUUAUGAUGGAAUGACGGAUGGAGGCCGGGCCGUUCACCGGCCCGGAUUUACCUUCAAGUCUGCGAUGACAGGUGUCUCCUCAAAGUUUACGGGCCUUCCAUCUGGGUACAUCUUAAGUGCGCUCGUGUACCACUUGGCGGGUGGAGAGCAAGCUCAGAAGCUCUUCCAACACGAGCGACAGCGGAAACCGCCACAUCAUCUCCUUUUUGACGUUGAUCCGACAAACGGCCGCCUGCUGACGAAAACAGCCGUGAUGGACGCUCCAGGGUUAACACAGCUCUCCGACACCGCUCGUAUCUGGUCUCGGAGUAACCAACAUCAUCUUGAGUUCUUUAGCGAGUACCAACGCAGCGAAGACACGCAAAAAGAGCCCCCGGGCUGGACGUUCCCGAGCCUCGCGUCUUCCGGCUCUGAAGUUGACGAGCGCGAGUCUGUCAUCGGACCAGGGCCCGAUCCGUCCGACAACGCCGACGGUACUCUCGACAUUGACGAAUGGCGGCAGAUUUCCUGUGUUUGCGGCGCUGAGGGGGCCGAUUCGGAGAGCCAGAAGCUAGUGCAAUGUGCACAGUGCCAGAACUGGUCUCACAACGACUGCUUACCUGCAGACACCGACUGGGCCGACAAAGAAAAUCGUCUUCUCUGCCACUCCUGUGCCGAAGGACGUGGACGGCUUCAACUUCCUCUUCUCCCUGGAACUGUACGACUUCAACGGCUCAACCCCUGGGCAAGACAGAACACGGCAGAGUGGGCUCCAGCGGAAAUAAUUGGGUACAGUGGCAAUCGGUGUGGGAAGGAAUAUGAGUGCCGAUGGCUGCGAAAUAUUUCUUGGCCGGGCCGUGUUUCUUCGCCUCCCCGUGAAUCAUUCCGCCGGUCUUACGAGGAUAUUCAUUUUCCCAUUGGCAACGACGGAAGGAUUCGCGGCUCUCAGCUUCGUGGACUUGCAGCACCAGAAGCGCUCAAUCCGGCACUCGAGGAGAAAGAAACUCUUAACCGCGAUAUUUCCAUGGCUUGUGCCAUCGCCAUUCCCCAGAUUGUUGCGCAACUCAACAGUCCCGACUCAGACUCAGUCCACCCGAUAAUUGCCGAUUUUGAUGAAGAUCAUCUUGGUGUUCACCCUGGACUUGACCCCGAUGUUCGCUGGCUUGAGCGUCGUGGAUUCGUGGCCUCUGGUAUCGAUCCUGGGCUGUGGGCAACUCUGGGAGAACCUAUUCGACUCCUCACGAUUGAACGUGCAGCCAAUCGCGUUACGGGGACUUGGGAGCGUGCGCUAACGGUUUCAAUCGCAUUCUGGAUCUGUCUUUGUAUCCAGCACCAUUUGGGCGAAGACUGGGACCACAGUGGCGCCACUUACCGUGAACUUCGGUCUGGUGGCCUUAUCGAGGACUUCGACAUACGACUGACACGGAGAGCAAUCCACGAGAUUACUACUUCUGUUACCGAAUCACCCAACACAUUCACAUCUCGGUGGUCUUGGGUUCAACGCGGGGUCGUUGUCUUUUGGCAACGCAGUCUGGUAUACCGCGGCCUUGUUCCAAGCUCGGACCGCCGUCAUCUGGUUCCUCUUCUGUACCAUGGUCAACUUGUCCGACGCGCAGCAGACUUACCGCGUGUUGAUGGUCAACCUCCACGAAAGAAGGUUCGUUUUGACACCCACAGAGACGACAGGCAUGCCUCCACUGGCACAUCUAUCAGAAGUCCCAUCUCCGUCGCAGCACAAAGCGAUCGUGCAGUGCCGAGCAGUACUUCUCACCGCAGCACACUGAACCCAACCUCCCCACAUCGCACUCGUGCUCGAACGCGGUCGGAACCAGCCUCAAAUCACUCGAGACACACUCUCAAGCGUCGCAAGGUGGUAGCCGAGGGCAGAGGGUGGUACACCUAUGAAGAGUCUGCAUCGUCUGGCUCAGAAGCCUCAGAUUCAGCGCCAUUCAACUCAGAAGAUAAUGAUGGUUAA